AGUAGCGAAAGAAACGAAAGACAACGCAAGAGGCUUGCUGCCUUUGUUCGACAUCAGGCUAGGGUCACUGUCUUCUGUCACAACUGUCUUUCCAUCACUCUUUUUAAUCAUUUGCAUUGAUGGUCAUGUCUAGGACAAGCUGACCCUUGGAUAUUACAUUUUUAGGACAAGCUGACCCUUGGAUACUUAGUAUAUUGUCUGCAACAAGCUGACCCUUGGAUACUAAAUAUAUUGUAUAUGACAAGCUGACCCUACACUAUCUAGUCACUUGUACACGCCUACGCACUGCCUGUGUCAAAUGUAUACACAUUUAUUUGUGUAUGUGUCCCCUAAAUACCAUAACCUACUGAGACACCCUACUGGACUGUUGGUCACCCGACCAUAUACAGCUGUAACUCAUGUUUAAGUAUGGACCACAAUAACAGAGAAGCUGGGACCACGAGAAACUCCCCUGCAGUCAAAAACGGGACCACCAUUCACCACGAGGAUGAAAACGCCUCUUCGGAUAUGAAUGAAGUAGAUUUCGACAAGAAUGAACGUGACUCCACCCACGGCAGCCCAAAAUGUACAGAAAAACGUAAAGUGGUGAAGAAAAAGGUGUCCAAGCCGUCGGCCAAGUUGAUUUUGGAUAAGAAAAAGUUGGAGCAGUACAUUGGGGAAGGGGAGGUACUAGUCCCUGUACCCAGGGCCAGGCGGAGGCUAAAGGGCAAUGAACUUGGAUAUAUGGUGAAACGUGGAGACGAGGUUGUCAGAUACAUUGACAAGGAUGGAAUUGUAUACAAUCCUAAUGAUACUGCGUAUUUACAGAACAGAGAGAAGGGAAAGCCGUACUUUGUCUGUGCCAUCCAACGCUUUAAUCUUACCAAACGGGAUACCCUGAUGGUGGGCAUCAAAUGGUUCUUCCGUUUGUCCGAGGUGCCGGGCAGUGUUUACCAUCACCUGACAUUGGAUAGAGAGCUGCACAGAAAGAACGGCGAAGAUUUUAUCCAUGACACGUCCAUCCAACAGAGGGAGCUGUUCUCAUCAGAAGCCACGGAUACCCUACCCAUCACAUCGUUAAGGGGCAAGUGUCACGUAGUCCAAUACACUGACCUCAGGUCAGCCUGCAGCUUUGUGCCCAGUCCGGACCAUUUUUUCUACAUCCUCGCCUACAGACCGGACAACAGGAGGCUGGCGACCACGCAGGGCGAGAUCAGGGUGGGGCCGAGCCAUCAGGCUCGGCUACCAGAAUGUAAACCAGACACGAACCCCGCGGACAUGCCUGAGAUGUGUGAGCACCGCGAGGAGAUCAGGUGGAGACCCAACCGUGUUGUUGACGGGGACCUGCUCAUGUACCUGGGCGCUGCCAGGAGUAUAGCGGCGUUCGCUGGCAUGUGUGGGGGGACAGCCGAGGACAGAUGUGAGGCCGAGGCUAUGGACGAGACAACGGUCAACGCACUGGACACUCUCCACAAACACAACUACGACACGUCCAAGUCACUGCAAGCUUUAGUCAAAGGACCGUCAGUGAUGUACACUGAGAAGAAAUGGAACGAGGAAGAUAUUAAACGCUUUGCCAAAGGUCUUCGACACCUAGGCAAAAACUUCUUCAAGAUCAGGAAAGAACAUUUACCUCACAAGGAUACGAGUGAACUAGUUGAGUUCUACUACUUUUGGAAAAAAUCACCAGCUGCCAACAAUUCAAGACCUACAUACAGAAGCAGACACAGAAGACAACUAAAGAGGCAAAGCCCCAGAAAUAACCAACCAGAUAACGAAGUAAGCACUGGGAGUGAAUCAGCAGGGGAAGAGUCUGAGGAGAGUGAUGGAAGUCGAGAUGUAGCUAAUAGGUGUCAACGCUGCUUCACCACAACUUCUAAAGACUGGCACAAUGCUAAGGACGGCGGUGUCCUGUGCACAAAAUGCCGCCUUUCUUACAAGAAGUAUGGGGAGGAGUCAGGGGUAGAUUCUCCACCUCCCAGCACCAGCCCAGACCAAUACUUGUUCAAUCCUGUCCAAGAGGACGAGGAGAGUACACCUUCCAAGCACAAUAUGCGCACACGUCGCAGCAAUAAUACAUCAUCAACAAACGGAAAGAAAAAAGAGUUAAACAAUACUAGUAGCCCAGACGUAGAAGGUGCUGCCACCAACCCCAGCAGUGCCAACUCAUCUACAACAAUACCCAGUAACAAUAAAGUUGCUAGGAAAUCUCCAAAUAACCCAGUGGUUGAAAAAGAAAAUAGAAAAAUAAACCAGAAACCUAAAGAGAAUCAUUCUGAAAAAGCUAAGAAAAGAAGAAUCAACACAGAAGAAGACUCCAAGUCUGCAAAGAAGAAAAAGGAGAGGUCAGAUUCUGAAUCAGGUACAGAGAGUAGCUCAGUUUCUGGUACAGAAGACCUUGGUAACGAGGUUGAUUCGGACGAUAACAAUCAGGAGGAACUAAGCAGCAGCUCAAGACCUUCAAGCCCAAGCUCCGUAGAACGUGGUUUUAAACCACUUCAACCACAGCCACCAACUGCCAUCGCUCUGCCAGUCUUACCUAGCUCUGGAUCAGCUGCAGCUAAGCCUGUGACACCUCCAGAAAUAACAAGCACUCCUCCGGCUGCUGUGCCCACCACUGCAGUUUUCACAACUUCAACAAAAACAAUAUCUGGUCCUCCAGUGUCAUCCCUGCUCACCUCACAGCAGUACCAGCAGCAGUUGCCAACUAUACCACCAUCACUUCCACCCCUCAGUGGUACAGUGCCAACUGGAACCCAUCUUGUGACUUCAGGACCACCUGCAACUACAUCUUUAACGCCAUCUGGUGCCAAUAUCCAUCAGCAUCGUCCCCCCAGACAUUCAUCACCAUUACCAGUGUUCAAACCAGGAAUUGGUCCAGCUCCUGGCCAUAUAUCAAAUAUUGGAACUAUUACCAAUAACAAUCAUAGUGGCCUUGUGCCAUCACCGUGCAAUUUAACCUCGCCCCUAGUGAUACCUACUCCAACAUUAAGUCGAGCAUCUUCUACUGGGACUUUUAUCCCACAUACUGAACUCUCAGUCCCAGCCAUAUCUGUGAACAUAUCUGCCAAUAUAAAUACUGUAACUACUGCUAUCAGUAAAACAACAUCAGCCCUGACUUCUGCGGAAUCAGUCAUAUCUUCAUCAUUGUCUAACCGCUCUACUGUCAUCUCAACCAGUAGCAGCAGCAACGUGAGCAAUAACAAUAUCAAUUCUCACAGAAUGCAGGAUUUAAACGACGAACAGGAUAAGAAGCCAAAUGUACCCCCACCUGGGGCAUUCUUACCACCACCCCCUGGAUCUGUUCCUUACACACCUUACCACACCCAUCCAUACUACUACAAUCCCCAUGGGGCCGGUCAUCUUCCUCCACACUUGCAUCCAUCUGUUGCGAUGUCAGUGGCAUCUGUUGGAGGAAACCCACAUCAACCUCCUCCAGUCCCAAGCCUAGUCCCUAUUAAAAAGGAGCCUCACUCUCCACCACCACCAUUGAAGCCAUCUGACAAAGCAUCAGAUCUCUCCACGAGUUCAUCAUCUCAUCCUCUCCACCGGCCACAUCCAGAAAAUCCAGCUAAGCUGGCUCAUAGCUUCUCACAACCUAGUCUGUCCUCCUCUGCACCAUUGCCACCACCUCCUCUUACAGUCAUUGACCCUCGUGAUGGCUCAAAGUCAGAAGAUCUCUCUAAACCAGACCCAUACUCAAAAGACAAUCACAGGGGUCUUCCCCAAUCUCCACAUCGUUCAGAGUCUCUUCAAUCAUCUGCUCUACUCAGAGAAUCUCGAAUGGACAGUAAUCUUAGUGUUCUGCAAGAGUCCAGAGCAAUCGGACUGGUCAGUGGCUUGAAUCCACCACCACCAGGACAGCAUCACAAAGAUGACCCAAGAGCAUUGCCAGCAGCAUUCCAGCCUUACUCCCAUCAUCACCCGUCUUCCUCAUCUCUCUCUCACCAUGCCGGAAGCUCAGUGCUUCAAGUUCCACAGCCCCAUUUGUCAUCAGACCAGUCCCAUGGAUCUGCCUUACAUCCCUCGCAGUCACACAUGCCUGACUCAAGUCACCAUUUAGCUAGGUCAGCUUCCAGUUCAGACAUGGACAGUCUUGUCAAGAAGGAGCCCAUUACUGUAGAGGAGAUAGAUGUUGAUGAGGAUGAAGAUGAUGGUCGAGGAUCAACAACUCCAGGUCCUACGCCAACUAUGUGUAACCGUGAAAUAUACAAGAGUAAAAAUGCUUUGUUUAUCAAAGUGUUUGAUAGAGGCGAGAGAAAUCAGUGCUCUCGUACUGACUUCACUUUUAGGCCAUUAGCUGAUUCAAACUUGGCAAAGAAAAGAGAAGAAAGAACAAGAAAACCCUCUCAAUCAUCAGCUAUUAAAGAAGAAAAGAAACGUGUAGAGACACCUCCUCGUGCCAUGUCCGCAUCAGAAGGCCAGAAGUCUUCCAGCAGUAGUAGCAGCAGCAGCAACCUCAAUGCCAGUAGUGGCCAUCAGCAUGGCAUGGGGGUCGGUGCAGGAUUUCAAGAAAGGCAUACACCAAGACCAUUUGCAGAUACUCCAGCAUUACGGCAGUUACAUGAAUAUGCUAGACCACAUGUUUAUGGUAGGCCUCAAUAUAAUGUUUAUGCAAGAGAAGGUUUGGAUGACUCCUGGUCUCUGAGAUUCCCUGGACAAGACUUAUCCAGGAAUCCUUAUUCCCUGGCUGGCUUACCCCAUCAUCCACAAAUGGACCCUCUGAUGAGUUACAGGCUUAUGUACCCCCCUGGUUCCAGGGAGAGGCUAGAGAUGGAAUUAGAACGUGAUAAGAGGGAGCGUGAUGCUAGGGAGCGUGAGAUGAGGGAGAGAGAGCUAAGAGAUCUAGAACUAAGAGAGAAAAUGAAACAGGAUAUGGAGCUUAAACCUGAGAUGGAACAUUUACUCCUCCCAUAUUUAGGUUUGGAUCGUCUCCUACCACCUGGUGCAGCCAAUCAGCUCACUGAUCCCAACUGGUUAGAUUUGCAAAGGCGCAUGGGAUUCCCACCAGGCUCUGCUGGCCACCUGUUACCCCAUGGUGGCCCAGGUGGAGCUGGUUCUCACCUUCCUGGAGUGUAUCCACCUGUUAGUCUUGCUAGUGACCUACUGGCAAGAGAGAGGGAAAAGCUUGAUAGAUUGGGACUUACAGUCAGCCUACCUCAACUGGCUGAAAUGUCUUAUGCUAAUGCUGUAGAACGUCUGUCUCAGGAGCGACAAGCAGCAGAACGCCAGGCCGCUGAGCGCGAGCGUGACAGAGAACGCUACGCUGCCUUAGCCAAUGACCCAGUUGCACGCCUGCAGCUUGCUGGAGCAGCAGCUACACAGCAUGCCCACACUCACACACAUGCUCACUCUCACACACACCUACACCUGCACCAGCAAGAGGUGGCUCAUGCACAGGCGGUUGCUCAUGCGCAAGCUCACGGCCUGGCCCCGCCAGCAUUCCCUCUUCCCCUUGCAGCCCAUGCCCAUCUGUACCCUCACCCAUUAGGAGGUGGACCAGGGGCAGACCCUUUGGCCGGAGGACCUGGAGGCUCAGUCCCUGUUUCCUCCACCAACCCAUUGUCAGUUCUGCCACCUGGUGUCCCCCAUCCACUGCUAGCAGCUGCGGCAGCUGGAAGCAGGGAGGAGCUGCUCCAGAGGGAGCUGUAUGGUAGAAGUGGACCUUUCUUAGAUCCUGCCCUUGCUCACCAGUUAUCUGCUCAGGCAGCAGCCCAUGAAGCUUUACAAAGACACAUUGCUAUGGAGAGGGAGAGGUAUGGUUCGUCUGGACAUUUGCCACAUUGAUAACAAGUGGAUUGGUUUUUUUGUGGAGGACAACGCUGGAAAAAUGAAACAGCUGAUUAUGCUACUGAAGUACUUCUAUGGUACAUAAUUAAAAUCACUGUAAAAUUGUUACUUUGUUUUUAUGUUCCAUUGUUGGCCAUUUUUCCCCCCCUAAAAAUGCUAUCAAAUUGUGAUUGUUAGAUUAUUACUGAUGGCGACAUUGUGAGCCAUACUCUUAUUACAGAUUUUUCUAUUCAUCUUUUUCAAAUCUUGUUGGCUGCUAAUACACAAAAAAAAAUUGGUUGGAAUUACUAGACGUCAGUGGCUGUCUUCUGUCAUGCUUUAUCAGCAGCUUGUAUAUAAACAUGCAGUCACUCAACAAAACCAUACAUAUUGCAAUGGUUCAUUUAUUCACUUUUAUUGUCUUUGUGUUUACACUAUCAUACUAGUGUUCUUAACAAAUUCUCUAUUGAAUCGUUUGUAAAUAUUUUCUUUCUUGUUGUCAAUGUGCACAGCAGGUUAACGAUUAUAUUUAUUUUCUGGAGGAAAGGUUAAUUAACAACAUACAAGUCAAAUUGAACAAAUCAGAAAAUAAUGGAUUUGUUUAAAAAGUAUCUCUUUCUUUCCCCAAAUUGAUGUGUAUUUUUUUGUUUGGUGAAAGCAAUUUUUAGAUUGUCUGACAGAUGUACAGUGACCUGUGAUUUGUUUUAAUACUCUUUGUCAGCAAAUUUUUAACUGGUUUGUUUCAAUUGAGAGAUGUAUAUCCCCCUUCAAUGAAAUACUGGACUUUUAUUGUUAAUAUUCAUUUACAGUGUUCUGAGGGUUCAAUAUUUAAUGCUUACUAUAGUUUUUGUAACUAUUUAUAAUGGUAGGUGCUAAGCUUUUUAUGUUUCAUAUAUUCCCUGAUGACAAAAUGUUGAAUACAUUUUUAUAUUCAUUUCUACUGAACUACUGUGUUUUGGUCUGGUAUCAUUCAUGUCAUACUAUACUUACUGUAACUAAGUUUUAUAUUGUUUCAUUGAUUCAUGUUGGGUGAUUGGUUUAAUCACUAUACUCAAUCAAAUUUAUUACUAUAAUAAAUUCUUUUAAUGGCAAACCCAUAGGACCAAUAUUUCUUCCUAUUAUAUGUAAUAGUUGUUUUAAUGAGGUUUUUUUUUUUAAAUUGUGUUUUUAGCAGCAUUUUUUUUUUAACUACAACAAAUGUGUUACCCUCCAGUAGAACUAUUUCAAGUCAUAACAAUACAUGUGUAACCUUUUCACUUCAAUUAAACCUGUUCAUUAUAUCUAAGACUUUUUUAAAAUGUACUCUUUGAAACAAAAUUAAAUACUUAAUAAUUUUAAAACUUUUAGAGUUAAUGGCAAAUGCAAUGAUCUAUUCAAUGAUUACCAGUGUUUAUAUUCCAACUUUUAUGCUUGUAAUUUAUAUUGCUGAAGUUCAUUCAUUCUUUUUUUUUUCAUUUACCCCUCUACUUUUUUUUUAACUACUUACCCUGGGUAUCUGCAUGCAUAAUGUUUACUUCCACAAGACAUUUGAUCAUAUCAGUAAUGUUCAUACACUUCAUCCAAGGAUGAUUUACAUAUCAAAGGUGGAUUUUUUCACCUUUUAUUUUUUAGUUACCGGUAUUUUCAGUAAGUCAAGUCAUCAUCAACCCUUUAUUUUUUUAAAACUUCUCCGUGUAUUUACUUGUAUAAAGUUAAUGUACUGAUUUUAUUUUCCUCUUAACUUUGAGAUAUUUUAACCAUACUCUGUGGGAUGUUUGUAACCAUUUACACUGAUCAUGGUAUUGUAACUAAUCCAUCUUGUCAAAUUCCACUCAUCCUUGUAUUCAAUUAUAGCCUCCCAUCUUUUUUCUUUGAGUCCUAGCCUUUGUUCCAAUAUAACUUAACUGUGCAACCUCUCCCUAUCAAUGUUUGAUUUGUAUAUUAUUGAAUCAUGUGUGUAUGUACACACAUAUAUUGCUUAUUUAAACAUGUCCAUUUUUUGUUUCCUAGAACAAUUUUUAGUUCUCUAUUAACAGUUGUAACUUACUGUCUAUAUUUAUGCAUUGACUUUAAUAUUCCCAGCAACCUUUUCUAAUUAUAAGUGCUUCAAUAAUGUGUUAGGUUUUUUUUUUCAAAAUAUAACAUAGCAAGUCAAGAUUAAGCUGUUAUGAUGUUUGUAUUUUUAUCCCAGGGCCUGCUUUUGAUCAAUGAAUGGAAAAGGAUAGUUUUAAAUGUUUACUGAAGAUUAUUGCUUAAUUUAAAGUUACUUAAUCUUAAACCAGAUUUUUGCUGUGCUAAGUUUGUUGUACUUUAUCCCCCGCCCACAGAAGGGGAGCCGCAGGUUGGGGUGGUGGGAUAACCAGAGCUCCCUAGUUGUCACCCCUUUGUUCAAUUUUGUCAAGGCUCUUGUUGUCUACCUUGUAUGGUGUCUGGAGAUGUACAUACAAUGAUAAUAGAUUACUCUAGCCCCUACCCUUCUUGUUUGGUUUAUUUAUUUGUGCUAUUAUUGGACUCCAUGCAACAAAAAGGUAAAAAAAUUCUGUUGGCUUUUAACUCAAUAUAUAAUUAGCUAAAUUUUGAGUUUUUUAAUGUCUUAUUUUGUUUUUUUGUGAUUUUGUACAAUAAAAAUCAAUACAAUGCACCAAU